UAGCAAUGAUACUUGACAAAACUGAAAGUUUAUACAUCAUAACAUAACCUUCAAAAUUCUUUGUAGGAUGAGUUUUUUUAUAAAUUUUCUGAAAAGAUUUCUACACAAUAUGCUACAACUACUCUCUUUUGGUAGAAAGACUAUUGCUAAUUCCCUCAGUAUUUAUGUGAAAACCAAUACGGGAAAUACAAUUUCGGUGGAUUUGGAUCCGAAAUGGGAUAUAAAAAAUGUUAAAGAGUUUGUAGCCCCCCAAUUAGGAUUGCAACCAGAAGAAUUAAAAAUUAUAUUUGCCGGAAAAGAACUUGGCGACUCUAUAGUAAUUGAGGAAUGUGAUUUGGGGAACAAAAGUAUACUUCAUGCUGUAAAAUGUAGGAAACGUGCAUUUGUUUCUUCGCCUCACAGUACUUUGUUAGAAGAAGUUGUUGAGGAAGGCAGCAAACCAUUAUGCGAAACACUUGUAGAUUUGCAGUUAACGUCACUUGAACGAAGUAACAUAUCCGAAGAAGAUAGGGAAAGAAGUAGAGCCCACUUUUAUGUUCAUUGUGGUACCUGUGGUGGUUUGCGUGCCGGAAAGCUAAGAGUGAGAUGCAGUAUUUGUUCUGGAGGAGCAUUUACUGUCUGGUCGGAUCCACAAUGCUGGGCAGAUGUCUUAAAACCACAUAGGAUUUUAGGUGAAUGUGAAAGCAGAGAAAUUCCAUGCACGAGGAGCGAUGGUGCGCCACCUUUUGCGGAGUUUUAUUUUAAAUGUGCGGAACAUUGUACAGAUGGUGAACGUGAUGAAGCUGUUCCUCUUAGUUUAGUCAAAUCAAAUUUGCGAAAUAUACCAUGUCUUGCGUGCACUGAUAUUAGGGAUCCUGUGCUGGUUUUUCCUUGUGUCUCAGGUCAUGUAACAUGCCUAGAUUGUUUCAGACAUUAUUGUAGUUCUAGAUUAGCUGAUCGUCAAUUUGUACCCCAUGAAGAGUUAGGGUAUACCUUACCUUGUCCAGCCGGCUGUGAAAAUUCUUAUGUUGAAGAAAUACAUCACUUUAGAUUGCUAACUCAUGAGCAGUAUGAUAGGUACCAAAGAUUUGCUACCGAAGAAUUUGUUUUACAAUCUGGUGGUGUUCUGUGUCCUCAGCCAGGAUGCGGGAUGGGGAUUUUAAUGGAUCCUGAUUGUAGAAAAGUUCAAUGUCUUAAUGGCUGUGGUUUUGUGUUUUGUCGAUCAUGUUUGCAAGGCUACCAUAUAGGGGAAUGUUUACCAGAUACAAGUUCACUGCAACCUUUGAUGAGUUCUUGUGAAUAUACUGUGGAUCCGAAUAGAGCUCAAGUUGCCCGUUGGGAUGAGGCAACAAAGGUUACUAUAAAAGUAUCUACAAAACCAUGCCCAAAAUGCAGAACUCCAACUGAAAGAGAUGGUGGAUGUAUGCAUAUGGUUUGUACCCGAGCUGGAUGUAACUUUGAUUGGUGUUGGGUAUGCCAAGAACCUUGGACAAGAGAAUGUAUGGGUUCUCAUUGGUUUGGCUAA